AUGGCUCUCUUCCUCAAGCCCAAGCACCACCUCUCCGCCACCGGCCGCAUCGUCUUUCUGCGCCAUCUCUGCGAGGGCGCACCGAGCCCGCCGGCCCAAACGGACACGGAACCCUCGCCCCCGCCCCUGACCCGCGACGACACCAAGCUCCUGGACGCCCUGCACGCGGCGCUCCUCGACCACCGCCGCGCCAACCCGACCGCCGAGCUCCCGGUAUCCCCGCCGUUCGACCCGCUCCCGUCCCUCUCUUCCGCCAUCUCCGACCUGCUGCCUUCCCCGCCUCCGCCUCACCUCCCGCUCCACCUCCUCCGCCGCCUCCUCGCGCUCCGCCGCGGCGUCCCGCUCCCCGAGGCCGUCGCCUUCUUCCACCACAUCGCCACUUCCCUUCCCGCCGACUCCCUCCCCGAUCUCUACGCCUCCAUGAUAGACCUGCUCGCCAAGCACCACCAUUUCCAGCUCGCGCGCCACCUGCUCGACGAAAUGAGGGAGCGGGCCGUCCCCAUCUCAUCGCGGCUCAUCCUGGCCUUGAUCCGCCGCUAUGUCCGAGCGAAGAUGCCAUCGGAGGCCGCAGACCUGUUCCGCAGCAUGGAGGAGUACGGCGCCGGGGCUCCGGAGCCUGCCACACUGGCAUCCCUCCUGGCUGCUCUCUCCAAGAAGCGCCUUGCCAGUGAGGCGCAGGCGCUGUUCGACAGUUGCAGUACUGUCUUCACACCGGAUGUUGUGCUCUACACAGCCGUGGUCCACGCGUGGUGCCGCGCCGGGAGGCUCGAUGAGGCGGAGCGCGUGUUCGCCGAAAUGCAGCAGGCAGGGAUCAUGCCGAAUGUGUAUACUUACACUGCUGUGAUUGAUGCAAUGUAUCGUGCGGGGCAGGUUCCCCGUGCGCAGGAGCUCCUGUGCCAGAUGAUCGAUUCUGGGUGCCCCCCAAACACAGCGACGUUCAAUGCUAUCAUGCGGGCGCAUGUCAAGGCUGGCCGUUCUGAGCAGGUGCUGCAGGUGCAUAACCAGAUGCACCAGCUUCGGUGUGAGCCAGACAUUAUCACAUACAAUUUCUUGAUCGAGACUCAUUGUGGGAAGGGGCAGGGCAAUCUUGAUGCAGCGCUGAAGGUGCUUGACAAAAUGACAGCAAAAAAGUGUAUUCCUGACUGCCACACGUUCAAUCCCAUGUUCAGGCUGUUACUUGUGCUUGGCAACAUAGGUGCUGCACAUAAGUUGUAUGAGAAAAUGAGGGAGCUGCAAUGCAGGCCAAAUGUCGUGACAUAUAACUGCCUUCUAAGGUUGUUCAAUAAGGAGAAGUCAAUGGAUAUGGUUCUAAGGAUGAAGAAGAACAUGGAUGCGGAAGGAAUAGAGCCAAACAUGCACACCUAUGCGGCUCUGAUCGAGGCAUUCUGUGGGAGGGGAAACUGGAAGCGUGCACAUGCUACGCUAAAGGAAAUGAUCGAGGAGAAAUCCUUUAAACCUUCAAAGCAGGUGCGUGAUAUGGUAUUGGUCCUUUUGAGAAAGGCUGGACAGCUCAAGAAGCACGAAGAUCUUGUUGAACUGAUGGUUGAUCGGGGUUUUAUUAGCCACCCUGCUAAUGAUGCAUUGUGGAGCACACUAUCUGCUUGCUGA